AUUAUCAUACCGUGUCUCCGAUGGUCCUAUAAAAUGCCGAUUAUUAAUCAAUUGAGUUUACAGUGAUAAUUGAAGACAAUUCACGAUGUUAUCUAUAAAGUUUUUCUUCCUUGCGAUUCUCGUUUGUUUAAUUUCGGUGAACAUAUCGCUAGGUCGUAGAAGACCAAGCCCCGAAAUACAAGCAAUUGUAGCUGGCAUCAAACAACAGGCAUUCCAAAAAAUAGCUGACAAAUACAAAAUCACUCUGCCUACGACAACGUCGGAAACAACAACAAGUGCAUCAUCAUCAUCAUCAUCAUCAUCAUCAUCAUCAUCAUCAUCAUCACCAUCAUCAUCAACAUCAUCAUCAUCAUCAACAACAGGAAAUCCAGCAUCUUCAACAGAGCAGCCAGCAAACGCAACAACAACUGGAAAAUGAAUAAAUAUAAUGACGUCAACACUUGAUACAUUAUUCUAUAAUUGUUGUGUCUCUAAUUUCGAAAUACAAGAGAUAAAGUUGCUGUAAAUUCAAUAA